CUGUUCUCAAACGUCAUCUUUGUGCUGGCCAAUGACAGACCACUGCUGCUCAGCUCAUUGAUGGUUCGUACGUGGUCGAAUUGCGCUCACCGACUGCAGUAUCUCUUACCUGUAGGCUGUUACUAACUAUGGCCACCCGAGUUCGCCCGAGUAGUAAACGGUGUGCAGUCAUCGGAGGGUCUGGUUUCCUGGGCAGACACUUAGUGGAGAAGCUGUUGGAGCGAGGGUACUCCGUGUCCGUGUUUGACAUCCGCCAGAGCUACGAGCUGCCCGGUGUCAUCUUCCACCAAGGAGACCUCUGCGACAAACAGGCUCUGCUGCAAGCUCUGAAGGACGUGUCCUUGGUCUUCCACUGCGCGUCCCCAGCCCCUGCCAGUGAUGACCGUGGGCUGUUUGACAGGGUCAACAUUCAGGGCACACGCAUCGUCAUUCAGGCCUCUAUUGAGGCUGGAGUUCAGAAAUUAGUCCUGACCAGCAGUGCCAGCGUGGUGUUUGAAGGGACAGACAUCAAGAAUGGGAGAGAGGAUCUACCUUAUGCCAGGAAGCCCAUCGACUAUUACACAGAGACUAAGAUUCAGCAGGAGAAGUUGGUCCUUGAGGCUUGUGAUAAGGAGAAGGGUUUCCUCACAGUAGCCAUCCGUCCUCAUGGCAUCUUUGGCCCGCGGGAUCCACAGCUGGUUCCUAUCCUAGUGGACACAGCUCGUCGGGGUAAAAUGAAGUUCAUUAUUGGAGAUGGAACCAACUUGGUUGAUUUCACUUUUGUGGAGAAUGUGGUUCAUGGCCACAUCCUGGCUGCUGAACGCCUCAAACAGGACUCCCCAAUAUGUGGAAAAGCGUAUCACAUCACUAACGAUGAGCCAGUUAGAUUCUGGGACUUCAUGUCCGAGGUGCUGGUGGGUCUGGGAUACGCUGCUCCCCGCUACCACCUCCCCUACUGUCUUGUGUACGGACUGGCCCUACUCCUCUGGCUGCUGUCCCUGAUCCUGCAACCUCUAUUUUCUUUCAAACCCACUUUUACACCAAUGAGAGUGGCCCUGGCUGGAACCCACCACUACUACAGCUGUGAUCGUGCCAAGGAGGACCUGGGCUACAAACCGGUAGUCAGUCUGAAGGAGGCGAUCACACGCACAGUGGAGAGCUACCCCCAUCUCCGACAAGCAGCUUGAUGGUAGACCAGAGGUGAAGACUGUUAAGACACAUGAGCCUUUGAGCGUUAUUCACACUGAAUGGACAAUGAAAAAAAUAUGGGAACAAACUGCUUUAUCCAACUCCACAUUGUAAAGCAUUUGUCCUGUUUUCUACAGCUAUGUACCAUUUCCACCAGCAGGUGGCAGCACAGGGCCCUUGAUUUUGUCAGUGUAGAUGAAAAAAGCACUUUUAUGACAAGGGAAAUAUACUGAUCCGACAUUGUGAGAACUGCAAUGAUGCACAAAACAUUCUUCUUCCAUUUCCAUGUGUUUCACCAUGUGUGCCGUGCACAAAUUGAGAUGCUGCUGUUUAUGUUAAAAUGCCUUGAUACAUUCCACUAAAUCAUGAAAGAACUGUUAUCUGGGCUUUGUUUUGAACAUGAGAAAUUACCAGGGCACAUACCUAUCCAGAAUUGUAAUAAAAUAAUUCAUAAUAAUUGAUAAGACUUGUAUAGCGCUUUUCUAGGUGCUCAAAGACACUUUAGAUGAAGUGCAAAACCGAUAAAGGUAACACUGUCUGUCAAUAAUAAUAUACACCUACUCCUAUACCUACUGUAUUUGUACAUUAAAAUAGUUUCUUGUUGCUGUA